UGCUCCUCAGAUACUCGGACGGUUUGAGCAGAGUGUUGGAGUCCGCGUUCGCGAACUUGGGCGGUAUGAACGGCAGCACCAUGUGCCUGUUGACCAGGUGGGACGUUUGACUCGCCUUAAUUUCCUCGGUGUCCGCCGGAGGACUGGCAGGCGGUACUUCCGGCUGUUGAUGCUCGCCGCAGGAUACGUCGGACUUGUUGGUCGCUGUUCCGAAACAGAAGAGCGGUAGGGAGAACGAAUCGUUGUACGUCGAGCAAGUGAAAUCUAGAGAUACGCGACCGCCAGGCUGCUCGGGGUCGAUCCAUCGAUCGAUCGGAAAUCGGAGGAGCCGGGAGAAGAUGCUUACCCGAGGUGGCCGAGCUGCCGCCGGAGCUGUUCGAAGCGGGCAAAGUAGCCGAAGUCGGCGCGCACGGAGCUGCCGCUACUCCGCUGUCGAUGAUUUUUCCAUCCCUGUUCGUCUCCCCGGAAAGCUCCUUCUUCCCGUCACGGCCGAUCGCCUGAUCCGUCGAGGUCGGCUUCGAGUUGACCAGAACCACCACGACGUCUUCUCUGUCCGGCGGCGGAGGCGGCGGCGGCGGAGGAGGUGGUUUCGCGAGACUGCGAAGGAACCGCAACCGGAGAUGAACGAGAAAGUACCCAACCUGAUUACGAUAGGCGCGUGUCAUCCGAGUUCGGGCGUUGCCGGUCCCCGGCGGCGUAUAAAAGAGCCGACGCGAUGGAAAAGAACCGUGUAUUUCUCGCUGGAACAACCUGCCAGGAUGAGGGACGAAUUCAAGUAUCUGUCGGGAUUCGACUGCGAGUUCGCGAGCGAAGACGAACGGUGCCCCGGCGCUCUGCCCGUCGGCCGAAACAACCCCCAACGGUGUCCGUACGGCUUGUACGCCGAGCAACUCUCCGGCACGGCGUUCACCGCUCCUCGGUCUCGGAACAAGCGCUCCUGGUUCUACCGCAUCAGACCGUCCGUCGUGCACAACCGCUUCGUUCCCGCGGGCGAUUGCCGCGUGCGACGAGGCGUCGCGAUCCACGUGUACCUCUGCAACGCCUCCAUGGGGGACAAGGCGUUCUACAACGCCGACGGGGACUUUCUGAUCGUGCCGCAACUGGGCGCCUUAACCAUCACCACGGAAUUCGGCAAGAUCCGUUGCGAGCCGAACGAGAUAUGCGCGAUUCAGCAAGGCAUGCGAUUCAACGUGGCGGUCUUCGGCCCCUCGCGAGGAUACGUCCUCGAAGCGUUCGACGACCACUUUCGGCUGCCCGAAUUGGGACCGAUAGGAGCGAACGGCUUGGCGAACCCGCGAGACUUCGAAACGCCGGUCGCCUGCUACGAGGACCGCGAAACCAACUACGAGAUCCUCUGCAAAUUUCACGGCAAGUUGUUCGUCGCCGCUCAAGGACACAGCCCCUUCGACGUGGUAGCUUGGCACGGAAACUACGUCCCCUUCAAGUACAACUUGGACAAGUUUAUGGUCGUCAAUUCGGUCUCGUUCGACCAUUGCGACCCCUCCAUCUUCACCGUUCUGACGUGCCCGUCGGGCAAGCCCGGGACCGCGGCGGCGGAUUUCGUGAUAUUUCCACCUCGAUGGUCCGUUCAGGAAAACACUUUCCGCCCGCCUUACUAUCAUCGUAAUUGCAUGAGCGAGUUCAUGGGCCUCGUUAAGGGACGGUACGAAGCUAAAGAGGAAAGUUUUCAUCCGGGCGGAGCAUCGUUGCAUUCCAUGAUGACGCCUCACGGGCCGGAUGCGCGCUGUUUCGAAACCGCUUCGAACUGCGAGCUGAAACCCGAGCGCAUCGCCGAUGGAACUAUGGCUUUCAUGUUCGAGACUUGUUACAGUUUGGCGGUCACCGAAUGGGCGACGACCGUUUGCAACAAGCUCGACCACGAUUACAACAAGUGCUGGGAAUCGCUCGGCAGCCACUUCGAUCCGAACGCUAAGCCUGAAACCUCCCAUCCUUGACGUUGCUCGUCGGAUCCAAUUUUCUUUUCGAAGUUUCGUCCCAGCAUUUUUUCCGUCUAGUUUUCUUAAUAGUUUAUUAUUAUUAUUAUUAUUAUUAUUAUUAAUAGUCGUGUACAGAAAUACAUUUGACCGAUCUUCCAGA